UCUCAAACCCCUACGAACUCUUCUUUCCCACGCAAAACCCCCUCUCUCUCCUCGGUAGCGUCUCUCGAGAUGGCUCCUGCGAAGGAGCGCAACGAAGGGGACUACGACGAAGAGGAGCUCCAGUGUUACGGCGGCGGCGGCGGCGACGACGACGACGACGACGAAGAUUUGGGGGGCGUGGAGCUCGACGAUCAUUUCCUUUAUCUCAUGUCCACGGUGCAAAAGGGAGGAAAAGAUCAUAGUGCUCUCCUAGAAGGCAACAGUAUUGGACAGAAGGAACCUCUAUUGACAUUAGCUACUGAGUAUUCUUCAGACAACACUAUCAUACAGCAAAAAAUCAAGAUUCUUCAUGAAAGAUAUGAAGCCUUCAGACGAGCACGCCGAGAUGGCAAUUGUUUCUUUCGAAGUUUUAUUUUUUCCUACAUUGAGGAGCUUAUCGAAAAGCAAGAUUGUGAUGAGGUUGAUCGCAUUGUCUCAUUGAUUGAUCGGUGGAAUCUGGAUAAUCUAAGUAGUCAACAGAAUGUUAUUACCUGGCAAGCCACUUCUGAUUUCUCGAGUGUACUCACAUCUUUCAUCAAACAAAUUCCUGAAGGGAAAGCGAUUAAUCAGCCUUACACUAUUGAUGAUCUUUUUGCUUGGAGUCAGGAUGAUUCUGAAAUGAACGAAAUGUUGAUGUUUCUCAGAGUAGUCACUUCUACUGAGAUUAUGAAGAAGGCAGAGUAUUACAAACCAUUUAUUGACAAGACAGAACACACAACACUUUUUGAGUACUGUGCUUCGCAAGUCACCCCACUAGGCAUGGAAGCCGAGAAUAUUCAUGUAGUUGCUCUCUCAAAUGUGCUUGGCGUUGCAGUACACAUAGUGAAUCUAGAUACAUCCACCUUGCCUUCUGGAACUCCAGAAUUGAAUCAAUUGGACUUUAUCCCUCCGACAUAUGAUAUCAUUAAUAGUAGUACUUCAGCUGCUCCUCAGAGUGGCUCAACUGAGGAGAGUCGAGCCAGCACAAGCAAAAGCUUUUCUUCAGAUCAGUUUGAAAUUCCUUCUGUGACCUUACUCUACAGGCCUGGCCAUUAUGACAUUCUCUAUCCUAGGACAAAGAACAAAAUUGUAGCAAUUCGGCCUAAGCGCAAAACUCCCGAGCAAUCAGGUAGCCUGAUUGCCUUUGAAGAAGACUCCAGGAAGAAGGCUAGCGAGAUGCCAGUUGUCGAAAAAAAGUUUUUUCGACUCCUUUGGCGUAUGUUUGGCAACGAACAGGAGAUAGAAGAAAAAGAACAACUAAUCGCUUUCCUAGAAGACUACAAUAUCGGAGAGAAGGAUUCUUUGUUAGCAUUAGCUGGUGAGUACCCAUCUGACAACUAUAUCAUACAAGAAAAAAUCAAGCUACUUGAUGAAAAAUAUGGUUCCUUCAGACGAGCAUGCCGAGAUGCCAACAGUUUCUAUCGAAGUUUCAUUUUCUCCUACAUGGAGCAGCUUAUUGAAACACAAAAUAUUGGUGAGGUUGCUCGCUUUCUCUCAUAUUUACAACAAUGGAAACUGGAUUGUCAGAGUCUUGAAGGGAGUAAAGAAACUAUUUCUUAUUUAUCCAAUAAUCUAAUUUCUUUACUCAAAGAAUUUCUUGGUGGGACAAUAUCCAAUCACAUUUUCACUGUCAGAAAGCUUUUUGAUAUGGCUCAGAAUAAACCCAAAACAGACAAAGAUUUAAUGUUCCUCAGAUUAGUUGUUUGUGUUGAGAUUCUCAAGCAAAAAGAUUAUUGCAAAUCAUUUUUCAGCCAGAUGGAGCACGAAACACUUUUUGAGUUUUGCAUGAAGGAAGUCAUGUCAAAGGGAAAGGAAGCUGGACAUAUCCAUGCCACUAUUUUGUCGAAUGUAUUUGACGUCCCGAUAUGUGUGGAGACUCUCGACAUGUCCUCCUCGUCUUCUGGAACUGUGGGAUUGAAUCACUUUGUUUUCAUACCUCAAAGAAAUGGUCAUAAAGAUAGUGGAGUAGGCACAAGCAAAAGUUCUUUUCUAGAUGAACAUAAAGUGCCCUUGGUGACCUUACUUUACAGGCCUGACCAUUAUGACAUUCUCUAUCCUAGAAAUACGUCAAGAAGCAAUGUAUUAUUUUGGCCUCUCAAGCAAUCAGGCAUUUUGAUCACCUCUGCUGAAGAUUACCACAGGAAGAAUUCCAUGGAGAUGUCUACUGAUAGGGACAAGCAAUUGGGCAGCUUGACCGUCUCUGCUAAAGACUACAUCAAGAAGAGCUCCGGGAGUGAUGUCUUCUACUGGGGACAAGGAACAGAUUGUCGAAAGGCAAGAUGAAGAUGAGGUUUGUCGGCUGUUUGCACUUCUCGAACAAUGGAAAUUGGAUUGUGUUAGUCUUGGAGAGGAUGGAGGAACCGUUUCUGAUCUCUCUCGCGUGUUUGCUUCUUUGCUGAGAAAAAUUUGUGGAGGGAGAUCAGCAAAUGAGAUGUAUACACAUUCAGAUCCCUGUUGUUUAGGAGCUGUUCAAUUGUUUUCUUUUCUAUUAUUAUAUAUUCAACUGUUCCAUCUGUAGUUUAACUAUUCGAGAGCUGUUGGAGAGAAGUCAGAAAGUGAUAGAAACAAAUGCGAUUUUGACUUUCCUCAGAUUGGUCACUUCUAUUGAGAUUCGCAAGAAUGAGGAGUUCUACUGGCCAUUUUUGGGCGAGAUGGAGCACAAA